AUGUGGGCAACCUGGCGUCCUGCAUCUGAAGUUUAUUUCAUCCACCUAGCUAUUGAGGAUGAGCUUUCUGAUGUCGAGGUUGUAUUUUCAUCAUCUUACUUAUGCAAAAUUGUUGUAGGUUUAGUGAUUGAAAAAGAUAUGGACAACGCUGACUUCGUUAGCAUUUUAAACUUGCUUCCUGGAAGAUGCUUUGAGGUUAUGGUUACAAUGGGUCCUUGGAACAAUCCGUUCAACCAUUUUGAGCUGUUGUUGGUGAAAUUAUUCGUUUCUUCGGGAAACUGA